AUGCACCCUUCUAUGUUUCGCAGCGCGCUUUCGCAAUCACUGGAGUGGGCCACCAGCAUUGAACUGGGUGAACCACGUCGACGCAAGCCUGCUCCCUGGGGCGCCUCUCCCAGCGACGAGCUGAAGAGGACAAUAACUGGUGUCCAUCAAUCACGUUGCCACGGCCUGCGCAUUAUACAAGCGAUAAUCCGCAGAGCCGUGAGCAGCGUCAGAGCAGCGAGUGGAGUCGUGUAUUACGUUGUCCGGUCGCCAGCGGAACCACCCCACCGCACCCGAAUGAGGUCCGAGGCGGGCUCUGCUGCACAGCAACUGCGAAGCGCCUCUCCUGACCAGCAGAACCAGCCGCUGCUCGUUAGUGUGGCAUGCAGUCGACAAGCAUCGGCCUACGGUUUUAAUUGCACCGCGUACAUCCCCCCCCUCCUUGUGCUGCCGUCCCCCAAUACGUUUCGCCGGCCGCGGCCCAGCAGCGCUGACUUACGGCAUGAUGCACAUGUAAGAGCUAAGGAGCAAAAGCGUACGAGAAUCUACACUCUUUUUGCGAUGGUCUACGCGCUGUCGGCGGCUUAG